AUGCCGACCUCCGCCGACAUCGCCGGCCACGUCCACGCCGCACGAGCUGUCGACAGCUACGAGAUGCGAAGGACGUCCGCCCGGACGUCCUCCGCCUCACCCUCCUCCGUCUCCGCAUCGCGGCCUUCUCGCGCGGAGCCCAUUUCCGUGCCGCCCGCCUCCUCCAGCGUCGUGGCCCUCCGCUUCGCCCACCUCCUCCGCCUCGUCCGGGCCCUCAUGCCUCCUCCCGCGAGCCCUCCGCAUCACUCGCGUCCGCGUCCGCGUCUCCCGCCUCCGUAUCGCCCACCUCCGCGUGCGUCGCCCGCCUCCUCCACCUCGUGCGCCCUCCUCCGCCUGCACGCCCGCCUCCCCGCUGCCCUCCUCCACCCCCCUCACCUUCGCGCCGCCCACUUCCUAGUAUACAAUUUUCGUGUAUACGAAGAGGCGAUGGAGCAGCUCCAAGCCGACCUCAGCGCGCUCGAGCAGGACAAGACACUGGCGGCGAACCCUGAGCGUCAAGCGUCGACCACGCAAGUCGUUGAGCAGGAGGUGGUGGCCACCGAGGGCAACUUGGAGACAUCGUACCUCCUCGAACAGCACUGUCUGUUUCCCGCGGAACAGGAACUCGUGGUUCGCGAUGGUCGCCUUCGCGUACUACUUUUCCGGAUGACUAACCAUUCGCGUGACCGUCCAACAGGGAGUCCAGUGACCGCGAAAGACGGAGAACAGCGAACAAACCCCCUGAUGGGGAUGCACCGCGCCGGCGCGGACUUCAACAAGGUGGAUAUCGACGAGGCGGGUCACAUCCCACAGGAUGUUGGUGUGCGUGCGGAUGACGCGUGGGACGCAGGCUCGGAUGGCUUUCUGGACCAGAUCCUGACGUUCAUGGCGCCCAAGAAGGGCGAGAAUCUCUGCGAAGUCGUGAGCGUACAUCCUGCGGGGCUUCAGGUUGCUGCAUGA